AUGGACCAGCUAAGCGAUCCUUAUGCGGUAUAUUCAGAGCUGCUUACAUCAGCCUUCGAAAAAAUAAACAAGCACUUACAAAACUGAAAGCACAAAGAACUGCAUGAAAGCUACAUGUCUGCUUUAGAAAAAGCCAAAACAGACCGAUCUUUAAACGCUGAUCAAUAUUUUCCAAUCCUUAACUCCCCCCCCCCCUCCGUGAGCGAACAAAAACCAUUAGAAAAAUCGCCAUUUUUUGACCAAAAACCCACCCUCCGUGAGUGAACAAAAAUUUUUUUAAUAGAAAAAAUUUUAAUGGAAAAAAAUUUUGAUAUAUAAGUGAUAAUUAGUAUAAUGAAAUCUAGAGCUAAUUCUGUUUAAUUUUAAACAAAUUGCGUUUUAAAACAUAAAUUUUGCAAAUUAAAUUAAUAUUUGCUUCCCAAUUUUUGCAAAUUAGGAUUUUUUUAAAUUUCGAAAAAAAAAUUUUUUUUAUAAAUUUUUAUAUGUAAAUUUUUUUUAAAAAAAAAAAAUUAACCCCCCUCCGUGAGCGAACAAAAUUUUUUUGUUCGCUCACGGAGGGGGGGGGGGGGAGUAAGCAAGCCUUGGACACAAAAAUUACAAGUAUCAUUGAAACCGUUCUGUAUUACAUUCAAAAAUUAAUUUCACAUGGAUUUAUGACUGGGAAUUCCAUUGAUCCAGCGACCUCACAAAGAUUGGUCGAUUCAAUCGUAGAAAGUGUCUGUAAUUGUGUAAGAGAAAGAGACGACAAUGUUCAGCUGCAAGUCAUAAAAACACUACUAACAAUGGUUACUAGCUUUAACUGUGAGAUCCAUGACAAAAUGCUAUUAGAAGCUUUUAGAGCUUGUUAUCAUAUACACAUUACCAGCAAUAAUUUAGUUAACCAAACAACAUCUAAAUCUCCAAAAUAAAUUUUUUUAAAAAAUAAAAAAAAAAAAUAUUAAAAAAAUAAAAAAAAAAAAUUUAAAAAAAUUAACAAAAAUUAAACAAAAAUUAAACAAAAAUUAAACAAAAAUUAAACAAAAAUUAAACAAAAAUUAAACAAAAAUUAAACAAAAAUUAAACAAAAAUUAAACAAAAAUUAAACAAAAAUUAAACAAAAAUUAAACAAAAAUUAAACAAAAAUUAAACAAAAAAUUAAAAAAAAAAUUAAAAAAAAUAAAUAGCUGAUAGGGUAAAGCCACCCUAACUCAAAUGCUGCAUUCCUUAUUCCAAAAAAUGGAAAGAGCUUCAACUAGCUUCAAUAAAGAGCCAGUAGACUACAUGAUAAAAUCCUUAGUCCGGCUAAUGGUCGACAAAAUAGAGCUACAGCAAAUUGACCAAGACUCAGCUGAUACCAAAAUUACAAAUGAAAAUGAUAUAGAAGCUGGAACCUAUGGGUGGUGCACAGUCUGCAGAAAGCCUGCAGAGUCUUUAUGUGACCUGACCUCUGACCCUAUUUGUUCAGACUCCUGCAAAGAAGUCAACCUAAAAAACAUAGAUUCUGCAGACCAGUGCUUAAUUGGCAGCGAAAAUGAAAGAUUUACUGACGCUUUAGUAGUUUUUAGGUCUAUAUGCAAACUCAGCCAAAAAGAAUUGUCAAAGUAAGAAAUAUUUAGCACAACCCCAAACUUGACGUUUAAGUCUAAAGUUUUGUCAUUAGAGCUCUUAUUGACACUUAUUGAUAACCCUGGGCCUGUAUUUUCGUCUCAUCCGCAGUUUUUAGAAGUCUUAAAAGGGACUUUAUGCGAAAGUUUAUUACAGAACUCAUUUUCAUAUGAAACUACUACCUUUGCAUUAACUUUGUCUAUUUUUGUUGCACUGGUAAAUAAUUUCAGAAGCAGCUUGAAAACAGAAAUCGGGGUAUUUUUGGAUCAAAUUUUUAUAUUUUUGUUAUAAAAUAAUAGGAAAUUGGGGAUUUUUAAUAACAAUGGAAAAAUUAAUUUUAGAAAAAAAUUAUAAAUACAAAAAUACAGCUAAAAUAUUAUUUAAUUUGUAAAGAAUAGAAAGCGAUAAUGCAUCUUAUCAACAGAAAUUAUUAGUAAUACAAGUUUUCUAUCAAAUUGCUCAAAACCCUAGGGUAGCGCUCGAGCUGUUUUUAAAUUAUGACUGCGAUAUUGAUGAAAAAGAUGUGUUUACCAGAAUGAUCGAUAAUUUAGGAAAAAUCGCUAUUGGGAAGCAUAAAGGAGACCACCAGACAAACCCUCAAGAUCUUGUCCUUCGUGCUACUGCAUUAGAAACUCUUGAAAAAAUCGUGGUUUCUCUUGUAGCUUGAAUUGAAGAAAGCCCUUCAAACACCAAAAAUGAUGACAGUCAUGAUGACAGUGAGUCAGCAAGCGACAUGACCUCAGAAAUCCCUAUAAUUGCGCUAGACCCUUAUGAAAAAGCUAAACAGCUUAAAGCAAUAUAUGCUAGAGCUGCUUCAAAAUUCAAGAUAAAGCCAUCGUCAGCUAUCAAUUACCUUUCUCAAUGCUCUUUAUUAGACUCUACUAAUAAAAAAGAAAUUGCUGAUUACCUUAAAAGCUCAGAAUUAGACAAAACUCAGCUUGGAGACUAUUUAGGAGAAUUCAAACAGUUUAACUUACCCCUCUUUAGUCUAUAUAAAAUGCCUAUUCUUUAAAAUUUUCAUUUUAAAAUUGAAUUUUUUUUUAAAAUUAUUUAAUUAAGUCCUUUAAGCGCGAGAAAAAUCUUUCACAAUCUGAAAAGGGGGAGUUAGAAGUCCUUCAAGAGUAUUGCCAAUUAUUUGAUUUUAGGAGCUGUUCACUGGUGAGAGGCUUAAGAGUAUUUUUAUCAAGUUUUAGACUUCCAGGAGAAGGACAAAAAGUUGACAGAAUCAUGCAGACUUUUGCAGCGAAAUUUCAUAAUGAUAACCCAAAUAUUUUUUCUAAUGCUGAUGCAGCUUAUGUUUUGUCGUUUUCUAUUAUGAUGCUGCAGACAAAUUUGCAUAAUCCAGCUGUUACUGAUAAAAUGCAGUUGCAUCAAUUUAUAUACAUUUUUAUAAUGAAUAUAAUAAAUCUAUUUACUGUUUAGCUAAGAUAUAGAAUAAAAUAAUUUUAUGGCAUAUUCUCUAUAAAUUAAUAAUAUAUAUCUUUUCUUCAAAAAAUUAUUUAUUAAAAAGUCAGUUAAAUUUCAUAUUUUUUAAAAAAAAUAAUAGUAUUUUUUAAUUUAUUUUAAAUUUAUCAAAUUAAUUAGAAUAAAAAAUAAUGAAGGCACAAAUAAUGGGCAGAAUUUCCCUGAUGACUUAUUAGAAGCUAUUUAUAAAGAAGUCAAAGAAAAUCCAUUUACAUUACAAGAAGAUGACGAAGCUAGAGUGAAAUUAGAAAGCACAGGAAAAAAGAAAAAUGAAAUUUUUGCCAAAGAAUCACAACUAGUCAUGAAAAAAGGCCAAGAACUAAUGAGGAAAACCAAAAGAAACAACACCUAUCAUAUUUCUAACGAUGUAGAACAUAUAAAAACUCUAUUUGAAGCUAUCUGGCAGCCUCUUAUAGCAACUUUUUCAAUAGUGCUGGAAGAAGCCACCGACCCCAAUUUCUGAAGACUUUCUCUCCAAGGCUAUUUAGCCUGCAUAAGAAUUGCUUGUCGCUUUGGACUUAAUCUAGAAGUCGAAAUUUUAGUAUCUUCUCUAGCCAAAUCUACCUCUUUAUUGCAAACCCACAGCACAGUUUCUGAUAAAAACGUAGAAUGCAUGAAAGCCUUACUAGAAAUUGCCAGAUACCAAGCCAAUUUUUUAAAAAAAUCUUGAAUACACGUACUAAAAUGUCUAUCAAAAUUAGACCAUUUACAUAUGAUAAGUUCUGGGGUAGAAUAUAAUGGGAUUGUAAGUGAAAUGGAUCAUACAAUUUCAGAAAACGUGUCAAGCAAAAUAAUCCCAGAUGAUAUUGACUAUGUAUUUAGUGCUUCUGAAUAUAUGGAUGAUGACUCAAUUAUAUUUAAUUUAAAAUAAAUAGUCUAAAAAAAUAAAAAUAUUUUUAAUUAUAGGGUAUUUAUAGGGAAAAAUAUAGAUUUUGUGAUUCAGUUAAUUGAAGUUUCUAAAGCAGAAUUAAAUUCUGAUACCUCUCAAACUUUUUGUAUUAAAGCUCUAGUAAAUGUCGCCCAUGUGAAUAUGAAUAGGAUUCGCUAUGUCUGGGGAAGAAUUUGGAACCAUUUAAAAGAACAUUUUUCGAAAGCUGGGCUGCAUCCUGAUAUUUCUGUAGCUAUUUUUGCAAUAGACUCUCUUAAACAACUGGCUAUGAAAUUUUUGCAAAUUGAAGAAAUGGCUGAUUUUCACUUCCAAAUGGGCUUUCUGGAAGCUUUUGAGCUGAUAAUGAAGAAUACUCCAAGUGAGCAUGUAAAAGAGCUUGUGGUAAAUUGCAUCGCAAAUCUUGUAUUAUAAAUUUCAUCAAUAUUCCUAAUAAAAAAAUUAUUUAUAAAAAAUAUAAAAUUCAGCUUAAUAUAGUAUAAAAAUGCUGUCCCAAAAUAUAAAAUCAGGCUGGUUUUCUAUAUUUGAAAUAUUCAGGCUCGCUUUAAGAGGUAAAAAUGAAGCAGCUACUCAGCUUGCAUUUUCUGCAAUAGAAUAUGUAGUAAGUACUCAUUUAAGCCUGCUCUCCAAUAACAUGCAAGAACUUGUAUACUGUUUGUGUGCUUUUGCUUCAAGCGGAAAUGAACAAUACUGUUUAAGAAGCAUGGAUUUAAUAGGGAACUGCCUACAAGAGACUGCAAGAGGGACUAUAAAAGGCGACUAUUGGCUGCCUUUAUUAUCAGAAAUUUCAUCAAAAUUAUUAGCUGAAAAUACAAAUAUAUACCUUAAAAAUAUUAAUUAAAAAAAUAAAAAAAUAGGAUUUUUUUUUGGAAAAAAAAUCAAUAAAAAAAAGAUAUAGAAAAUAAAGCCUUGAUAAUUUUAUUUGAAAGUUUAGAUGCCAUGGGAGACGUUUUUGACUCGGAAAAAUGAAAAUUAAUAUACACUGGAGUGAUUCUGCCUGUUUUUGACGAUUUUGAAGGAGGAUUACAAGCUAGUAAACAAUGGAUAAGCUCCACCUGCCAAAAAAUUUUGCUUUUAUUUGUAAAACUCCUUGUCGAUCAUUAUUCCAGCUUAAAGUUCUUGAUUCCUGAUUUUUUGAACUUGUUACAAACUGGGGUGUGUACAUGCCAAGAGCAAAUUGCAAGAGUCUGCACCAAUGCUUUUAACCAACUCGUCACCAAUUUGCCAGACUCUUUAGAAUUCUCAGCCUUAAUGCUUUCUUUUCUAUCAAACUGCCUUAAAGGAACCCUCCCAGAAGAAUUGCUUAUAGAGCCAAUAAAUAAUGAGCUACAGUUUGAUGCAAAUAAAUGCAUAGAAAAAUGCAUGAUUCAGCUCCAUAUAAUUGCGUCAAGUAAAAUAUACUAGAAUGUGCUAUUUUAAGCUCAGAAAAUAUAUGGUAAAAAUUAUUAUUAUUUAUGUAUAGAAUUAUAAUUUCAGCAAAUUUAUCAAUAUUUAGCGAUGAGUCACUAAAAGAACUCUCAACAACUUUAAAGGAAUCUUAUAGGUUUUCCAAAGGAUUUAACUGCAGGGUAGACUUAAGGCAAAGACUGUGGCAAGCUGGACUAUUGAAACACAUGAAAACGCUACCAGGGAUUUUUAAGCAAGAAAAAGAAAGCUUGGCAGUUUAUUUAGAUAUUUUGUUAGCCAUUGUAGCAAGAGAUGAGAAAAGCAAAGAAGAACUUUACUGUCUAAGUGAAGAAAUUAUUGCAGAAAUUUUAGAUAAAGGCAAACUGUCAAAAGACAGAGCUGACGAAGUCCUUGCUCUCUACCCUGUAGUCGCUGGAACCUUAUUGCCAGGAAUUUCAAAAGAUUUAAAAACAGUAAUGAAAAGAAUGGGAAGGCUAAUUGUUGACCUUAUCCAAGUAGAAGACCAAGCCGUCAGAGAAGAAGUAAGAAAAAUGCUGAUAAUGGCAAUAGAAUUUAUUAAUUAA